AUGGAAGAGUCUGCUGCUGAUGGAAACAAGGAGGCGACAAAGUCGUCCUCUGAUGUCAGCGAUCAGCCAACGCCGGUGCAGCGGACUGCAAACGAUAUACUCUGUGGCCGCGGGGUCCCAAUUCUGAACUAUCACGGAAAUAUACGGCUUCAUAAUAUCAUUGAUUCUUACAGAGGCAGCUAUCUUAAGUCAGACCGCAAGGAAAAACCCGUUUUGGUGCGGCAGAUCGUGAGGGAAAUAAAGGCCGGAGGAGCAAGAUUCCUGAAGCGGUCCUCAGGUAACGAUUCCGACUCCUGGGUUGAGGUCAGCGAUAGCUACGCCCACGAAAAGGUUAGUCAUGCUCUUCGCUGUAAGAAAGCAGCUGCCAAAUCAGGAUCAACUUCGACGUCGGCUUCAGCAAUCAAGGCAUCUCUCGCGGGCCCAUCAAGCGGCGGGGCGCAAGUGCAACAACCACAAGAAGCCCCACCAAAUAUCUUUCAGACAAUGCAAUUGAGUUCAGCAUUUCCGUCCUUACGUGGAUCCUUCCAGCAACCAUUUCAGCAAUCACAGCUACAGUAUCGACAGAAUCCGUUCGCAUACGCCCUGCCUCCUUCUCUCCUUGCAAUUGAUCCGUCGAUAGAGAGAACAAACGCGCUAUCGAGGCUAACUUCUCCGCGAUUGGAGCUGGCAUCACAAAUGGAAGCAGCCCGGAAUCCUUUUGCGUAUCUGAACUCGAAUAUGAAUUCCAAUGUGCCUUCUUUUGGGUAUGAGAACAUCUUUCCACCAAAUCCGGCACUCGCUGGUUUGACUCGGUCGACAGUUGAUUCUCUUAGCACUUCCAUCAGACAACAAAGAGAGCUUUUACAGCGCCAAAUGCUUUUCGCACAGGCCCUACCUUCUACAGCUCAAACAUCAGCUAAUACUCCGAACGAGCAAAUGCAAGCUCUUCAGAGGCUUCGCCAGGCGCACGCAUUGGGUCAAAAUCCUAUUGUUCCGACUCAACAAGGUCUUGUGCACACCAUCUCAAGAAAAGAUACGACAGCAGAUGGAUCUCCAGGGAAAGACAAGGUGAAGGGAGCUAAAUAG